GGCAAAGCGAACGUGGGUCUCUCGAGUGGGUUAGCAUUAUUUUUUGUUCAUCUUUUAUUCCAUCUCUUACUGCGAUUGCGCACGAGGAGAGCGCGAGUUUGCUGCUGCGCGCGCAUGUUCUCUCGAUUCUUAUAUAUAUAUUAUAUAUAUACAUAAUACACUUUAGAGCGGUUAAUCGUGAACAAACAGCGUGCAGUAUUUAUUUCGUAUCUUCUUCGAUGAUUUUUUUGAACGACGACGAAAAAUAAAUAUAAGUAAAAUUAGUGGGGCGGGGAGGGAGGGGUUGUUGUGUGAGGUGUAAUGUGUUUUGCUCGUUACUCGAGAUGGAUGGAUGCGUCGAGAGAAACGAACGAGGAUUCGUGUCUUCUUCUUCUACAAAGAAUUCAAUAGGAUGAUGAUGAUCUUUUAGGAGCAUUUUUGAUGAGAAGAUAAGAGAUACCAAUUUAAACGAGAAUGGAAUUUGGCAGUUACAAAGGGACCGGAUCACGCGUAAGAAUGCGUAGACGUGCAGAAUUGGGAAGACGUUUAACGAGAAGACUCUCAUUGGUUGCAAAAAUGCCGGCUGCCAUUCUUAACAGGACAAAUCCUCCCGAACUUAGAUCAAUCGAGAUCACUGCGAUCGCGCCGGAUAAAACACAACUCACGUUAUCUGCUUCGUCUCCGGGAGCAAUCUCUCCUAUUGUCGCACCCGUUCUUUUAAAAUAUCGAGUAUGCAAGCCAAAAUUAUUACUCGCCGGUUCAAGAGCCGAAAUCGAUCCAGCAGCCGACGUGGCACUUCUUCAUGGAGAAAUUCUGCUGAUUGAAGAUGCAGCAAGGCAAUACGAUCCCCGUGGUGAUAUCGAUCGAAGGUACAGAAUUACGGAGAAGCUUAUGCACGCUGAGGAGGAUUAUCGAGAGACUUUGUGCAGCGCGAAAGAACUUUAUGCCCGACCACUCGCUCGAACUUAUCCCGAAUUUCGCGACGUCAUUUUCCAACCACUUGCCGAUCUUUCAAGAGUCAGUAGCGAGCACUGUCAAAGGAUACGCAGAGUACUCGAGAAUUGGGAUGCUAGUACUUUCAAACAGAGUGAUUUAUUUCCAAAUUCCUUUUGGAAGUCUUAUUGGGAAUAUUUGGAAAGUUAUGGUGAGGCCAGAAGAACCCUAGAGGAAUUGAAAGCUUCUGAGGACACCCUGAUACACUUUCUUACUUUGAGACAAGCUGCAGCGAGACAUUCGCCUUUGUCUUUGCUUCUUUUACCGGUCCAGAGGUUAGCCGAAUACGAAAGGUAUCUCGGACAAGAGGCGAGAAAUUUGUCAGAGAACGGAAACGGUACCGUCGGAAGUGGUUCUGUUUUACAACGUGGCCAACUCGAGGGUGACCUUCACCGUAUCCAAGAACUCUUUCCUGGCGACAAUCUACGACUGCACGAACGAGAUAUCUUAACUACGAAAAUGAAGAGUUUAAUUCGUAAGAGGAACGGUACGAAUCCAGGCAGAUUAACUAGAGUGUUGUCGCAAAAAUCUUUAAACGUUUUGAAUAAUUCACCGCCAUCCAAGUUACCACCGAGAACUUUCCUUUUGGAAACACCGGUACAAUUUACAACGGGUAUGCAAUCGCAAGAAAGACAUCUUUUUCUGUUUUCCGACCUCCUGCUGAUUGCGAAAGCACGAAGCGGAGGAAACUUUAAAUUGAAACAAUGCGUGAGGAUGAGCGAGCUUUGGCUCACCGCCGGUCAUAUAGAUGACGUAGCGGAAACGAGCAAAUCUCAAGAGACCAGUUUUGUACUUGGUUGGCCAACGACGAACGUUGUAGCUACCUUCAUGACCGCAGCGGCAAGAGAUCUUUGGUGGGGUCGUCUUACCGAACUUGUACGAGAAGAAAGCAUGAAGGAACCACCGGAUACGAACAUUCAAGUCGUGUAUCACGACAGUGACACGAACACGGAAUACUGUAAAACGAUAAUGGUUGGAUCCGAAAUGACAGCGACAACUUGCGUGAAUUUGGCGACUAGAUUGUUAGAUAUACAAGGACCGUUUCAACUUUGGGCCCGAACGUCGUCCGAUGAGGCGCCGUAUCCUCUGAUCGGCCACGAGAGACCGUUCGCUGUGAAAAUGUCAAAUCUACGACACACCUUAUCGGCCGAAGAAGGUUUCGAUUUGGAACAUUGCAACAAAUCUGGUCAUGACACAUGUCAUUUCAUUCUUCGACCUGUAUCAAAGUCACCAAUAAAAAAGAACAAGUCGAAGAUAACGGGUCUGUUGAGGAGAUCGCUUUCUUUAAAUCCCAGCAUUUUCGGUGUCAAUCUAUCGAGAUUAGACGAAAACGGAUUACCAAAGCCCGUCUUGGUCAUGCUUCAACAACUCUUUGCGAAAGGACCGUUCACACAAGGUAUCUUCCGAAAGUCUGCUAAUGUAAGAAUCGUUCGAGAAUUACGCGAUCAGAUCGAGUCUACCGGUGAUCUAAGUUGUUUGGAAGCUGCACCAAUCAUAGCUGUGGCAGCCUUGUUAAAGGAUUUUCUUCGAUCUUUACCCGAUCCACUUUUAACUUCUCAUCUAUUUCCUUUAUGGAUGGACAGUCUGGAAACACCAAAUCCUGUUCACACUAUUAAAAAUACUCUCGAUAGGUUGCCCAAAGCAAAUUAUACAUUGCUCUCGCAUUUGAUAUGCGUCUUGCAUCACAUAGCGAGGAGAUCGAAACACAAUUUAAUGUGCGCUAGUAAUCUCGGCGUUUGCUGUGGUCCGAGUCUCCUCUGGUCGCCAAACCCCUCCGUAAAUCAAGGUAGAGCGAUUCCUACGCUAACGGAGAUGCUAAUUCGUCAUUGCGAGGUUUUGUUCGGUGAAGGUGUCACGCAACUUCUUGGUGAAGAACGUAGCGAUAGCGGGGCUGAAGAAAGCACCGACAGCCUUCACUCAGGUGGGCUUUCUUUGGACAGUUUGGAUUUAACGGAACCUCCACGCAAGGAUCAUAUGUCCCUUUCUCGUGAUUCGGGCUUGACAUUAUCGGAUUGCCAGCUGUUUAUUCCGGAAUCACCAGUCGGUUCGGAAGAUUCUGCUGUAAAUGCAACAUCAUCGAGCUACGACAAGCCUUUAUUGAAAGAAGAUAACAAGUCUUACGGGAAAACUUAUAUCCGUGUUUAUAGUGGCUGGGAAGAAAGAAUGAACUAUGCGGUAAAUAGCGGUCAUAAUCAUUCGAAUAACGUGGAACAUGUUUUCAGAGAAGAAAAGAAUAACGUGGGUUAUCCAAAUCCAAACUUUCAACGACAGGAUUGGUUAAGAGCUCAGUUGAAGAGAACACCGAGGUCGAAGUUAGAUGAGCACGAACACCGCAAAGAGAGAUACGAUGAAAAAGACAUAUACGGUAGGGAAUACCUCAGACAAGAUUCCAUGAAAGAGAAUGUAGAAAAUUGUAAGGAUAUUUAUAGGACUUCUCAAUUGGAAAUGUCGCGUGAACUUAGAACCGAAUACGAAAGAACGUCGAAACAGGAGAUCUGUAAAGAGAGAGUUUCCGACCAAGAUCUGUCAAGCGACACGUCCUUAUCGAACGAACGCUAUGAAUUCAAGAAAGAACAUUUUAGCGAAUUUAAAAAAGUCAACACAGAAAUUUACGGAAAUCGUGAUUCGCCAGUUUCGCAUAACGGCAGCUAUCAUUCAAACGGCGAUCUCUACGAGUUCAAAAAAGUUAAGAGCGAAAUUUACGUAAAUAAGGAGAGUACUCGUACCGAAAGAUACGAGUCGGACAGUAGUAUUUAUGGUAAUAGGGAGAGAGUGAACGAACUUUACGGACCAUCCCGAGAAAGAAACGAUCUUUACUCGUUUAAACAAGCCGAGGCUAUCGAUUUGUACGGCGAUGAAGACGAAGAUGAGGAAAGAAUUUGGCCAGAUACACCGCCACCUUUGCCACCAAGACUCAGGCAUUUGCCACCGGUUCACAUGAAUCUUGAGGAUAGACACAAAGUUGCCGGUAGAUCAAGGUCUCUUCCACCACCUCCGCCUUAUCGACCACCACCGCAGCCACGUGCACCUAUCACCACCAGGCAUAUAGGAUAUGGAAGAUCCGUUGUUGAUGAUGAAAGUUACGUUUGAAAAGAAAAAUUAUUCAGGAAUUGCUCUCUUCAUGAAUAAUUUUAAGAUUCAAAUUACGUUUUUAAUAACGUCUAUUGAAAUUAUAAGUAAAAAAUUUUACAGCCACAUAAAAUCGAUUUCCUUCAAAGGGAAAACAAUGAAAGAUUAAAACUGUAUAUCCUUAUGUUUAUAGUUUAUUUCUAAUCGUACAUGUAUUACAUUCGAUUUUUUUUUCUUUCCUAUUAAUUUUAUCAAACUGUAAAAUUGAUACUUAUAAUUUUACAUGUAUCUUAUAUGUCUUACUCUUUACCGUGACUGAAGCUAGUCCAAAUCGGGAAACACGCGGUAAAAGAGAAUAUGCUAGAUGUAAAUUAUCCAAUUGCGUUAUAUUGGAUAAAAUAGGUUACGCUCUCUUUUCUUCUUAUAAAAGGAAUAUCAUUAUAUCCAAAUUUCAUAUUAAUGAUAAAGCAAUCAAAAACGUUGAUAUUCCUUAAAGAAAAAUUUUAAUUUCUUGCUUUUUUUUCCUUUUUAUUAUUAUUAAGGAUUCAAGGUGCUUUCACAGCCGUAAAUUAAU